UACAAGUAUUGUUGGAGAAAUAUUAAAAUAAUUUAUUAUCUUAAAUGGAGUUAGGGUUGUUUGGUUAGAUAGGUAGUACCAAAAAAAAGAAGCUAAACAGUAGUUAGCAGCAAAUUCUUGAACUCAGCUGAAUUCAUGGCCGUCACAAAAUCCAUUUUACGCUUUAAUUUGUCUCGCUAUUUCCUCAGUCCAUUCUCCUUUCACAGAAAAUUCAGUUCUGCUUCAACCACAGAGCUCGCCGCCGACAUCAACAUCUCCGGCGCCGGCGAAGAGGUGGGACCACCCAUUCAAUUAUCUGCAGAAGAAGCUCAAAUAGCUGAAAAUAUUCAUAAUUUAAUCAAAGACCAUCAUCGUAAAAACCCUACAAUUACUCCCACCUCAAUUCCCUUAAACCCUAACAUCACUUUCCCAACUCUCUCCUUCGAUUUCUCUAGAAUCUUCGAUAACCGAUCCAUUUCCAACCGCGUCAUCAUCCGGGUCAUCGAGAAAUGCGGGUCGGUUCUUCAUGGCAUUCCAUUUUCACAAGCUUUAGCUUUCUUCAAUUGGGCUGAACCUUCAGCUAAUAACGCUGAGCCUUACAAUGAGAUGAUCGAUCUAGCUGGUAAGGUAAGACAAUUCGACGUUGCCUGGCAUUUAAUUGAAUCAAUGAAGUUGAAAAAUAUCAAAAUUCCAAUAGAAACUUUUUCGAUUCUGAUUCGUCGUUAUGUUCGGGCCGGGCUUGCUAACGAGGCUGUUCAUACCUUUAAUCGAAUGGAGGAUUAUGAUUGUAAGCCCGAUAGGAAUGCAUUUUCUGUAGUUAUAGGGAUAUUGUGUAAGAAAAGAAGGGCUGAAGAAGCACAAUUGUUUUUCGAUAGCUUGAAGGAUAAAUUCGAGGCUGAUGUUGUUUUAUAUACUAGUUUGGUUCAUGGUUGGUGUAGAGCGGGUAAUAUAGCCGAAGCAGAGAGGAUUUUUCGAGAAAUGAAGGAGGCAGGGGUGGAGCCGAAUGUGUAUACUUAUAGCAUUGUGAUUGAUGCAUUGUGUAGGUUGGGGCAAAUCACUCGUGCCUAUGAUGUUUUCUCAGAGAUGAUUGAUGUUGGUUGUCAACCUAAUGCUAUUACGUUUAAUAAUCUUAUGCGUGUACAUGUUAAGGCAGGGAGAACGGAGAAGGUAUUGCAGGUGUAUAAUCAGAUGAAGAGGCUAUCGUGUUCUCCUGAUGUUAUUACGUAUAAUUUUUUGAUUGAUGCUCAUUGUAGGGAUGAGAAUCGUGAUGAAGCUCUUAAGGUGGUUAAUGUUAUGGCUAAGAAAGGAUGUGAACCGAAUGCUUCUACUUUUAAUCCGAUUUUUAGGUGCAUUGCCAAGGCACGUGAUGUAAAUGCCGCUCAUCGAUUGUAUGCCAAGAUGAAGGAGAUGAAUUGUAAGCCUAAUACAGUGACGUGCAAUAUAUUGAUGAAGAUGUUUGCUGAGUCGAAAUCUACUGACAUGGUUAUCAAGCUCAGAAAGGAGAUGGAUGAGAAUGAAGUAGAGCCUAACGUGAACACUUUCAAGAUUCUGAUUUCGCUGUACUGUGGGAUGGGACAUUGGAAUAAUGCUUAUAAAUAUUUUAGAGAAAUGAUCGAGGAGAAGUGCUUGAGACCAAGUGAGUCGGUUUAUGACAUGGUAUUGAAACAGCUGAGGAAGGCAGGGCAAUUGAGGAAACACGAAGAAUUGGUGGAGAAGAUGGUUGAUCGGGGAUUUGCUACUCGUUCUGUGUAAAGCGGGUUAUGUUGGACCUCUGUUGGCAACUCGAAGGUUGGAGAAGUAGCCUUUGUCGCUCUUGUAUUUGGAACUCGACUCCUUCAACUAUUGUCUAUUACUGCUGGAACAUGUCGAUCAUAGUGGCGAAUUCAUUUCCUAACUUUUAGGAAAUGAAAGGGAAGAAGACCCUUUUUAUCCUUUGCUGAAUGAUAACUCAAUGACAAAUAUCACGCCAUUGCUGAUCUCGGAUAAUUAAAGUAAAGACAUUAGAGAGUAUUUGAUAUUGCACUAUAGACUUUAACUCGUAUCGGGAAGUUUUCCCUUCUAAAUUUUGGAGUACAUUGUACAAGAUUUUGAUUCUUUUGCUAUGUCAAGUCCAAGAAUGAGUGAUCACGGGUUUAAA